CGUAGUUAAAUGUUCAUUUAAUAGAGCUGGAGUGAAAAAAAAUACUGUUUCAACUGGAAAUGCUAGAAGAUUGUUGUUCUUGUGUUACUCAUUCAUGCAAAUUGGAGAAGGUAUAAUUGAAACAAGGUUGGCAGUGUGCGAGGCAGUGUGCUUGCUGCAGCUGAGCUCAGCUGAAAGGUCGCUGGAAAUCAAGUGCUUUGUAACUGAAGGCAUUUUGACUACAAGCAAUUCAAGACAUUUUGGAAGCGGCAGUCUCAGGAAUGGGUCGUCUUUUUCUUUCCGUGAUAUCUGGUAUCUAAUGUUUUACUUAGGAUAAAGCCUACUACUUGAGAGCCCUUUCAGGCACCACAAAUGAUUUUUUCUUUCGACGCAGUGCAGCUGCUUCUAGCCUGUCUACCGACAGAGAUCUUUGUUAUGACUUUCAGCCCUUAACAUGUUUGGAAAUGAGAACAAAUGGCACAAAGCUUACGAUUGCACUUUGCAGCCAGAAGAAGCAAUACUUUUCCCCUGUCAGAAACCUCCGGAGAUGAUCUGGAUAGCGAUGCUCACAUGGGCUUCAAACGACCCACGCGGAUUUCAACGUCGAACGUCGUUCAGAUGAAGCUGACUCCCAGACAGACUGCACUGGCUCCGUUAAUAAAGGAAAACGUGAAGUCUCAGGAGAGAUCAUCUGCUCCUUCACCUGAAAAUGUUAAUAAAAAGAGCAGCUGCCUCCAGAUUUCACUGCAGCCAACCAGGUACGGUAGCUGUCUUCAGUCCAGCAGUGCCUUAGCCGAUGGGGAGGAUGCUCCGUUUGCCUGUGUCCUGAAGGAUGGCCUGUACAGCAGUGCUGUGGUUGAUAAUGAACUGAGUGCUGUGAAUGAUGAUAGCUUUUUGAGCAGCCCUGCCAUUUGCAGCGGUAGCCUUAGUAACUUUUCGACCAGUGAAAAUGGGUCUUACAACAGCAACGGCAGUGAUUAUGGGUCGUGCGCCAGUAUCACAAGUGGAGGCUCGUACACCAACAGUCUCGUCAGCGACAGCAGUGGUUACACUUUUCCGCCAACGGAUGAGACGUUUUUUGGUGGAAAUUUCUCUUCGGACGGCACCUCCAAUAGAAGUGUGCCCAACAGGAAUAUUACUCCGUGUGAAAUUUUCUCAAGAAGUACAAGCACAAUUCCUUUUGUCGAGGAUGACGUGGAGCAUGGACUCGAGAUUAUGACAUUGUCAGUGGGCAAAGACUCGAAAAUUCCACUAAAACGUUGUUCAUCCUUAGUCAUUUUUCCUCGGAGUCUUUCAAAUACCCCACCAACUUCUCCAACAAGUACGGGUACGCUUCCAAGCAAAGGAUCCUAUCAAACCUCACACCAGUUUAUUAUUUCUCCCGGUGAAGUUGCUCACAGUGAAGAUGGUACUGGUGCUAAGGGGUUUCUCUCCACAGCUGUCAAUGGGCUUCGGCUAUCGAAAACGAUCUGUACUCCCGGAGAAGUAAGAGACAUACGACCACUUCACGGGAAGGGCUCGUCACAAAAGAAAAUGGUUAUUGCAAAUCAUAGUCCAAAUCAGACUGUCUUUGAAAAGUCAUCGGAAGGAUAUUCGUGUGUCUCAGUGCAUUUCACCCAACAGAAAGCAACCGCAUUAGAUUGUGAAGCUGCGAAUGGUGAUUGUAAACCAGAGAUGUCAGAAACUAAGCUUAAUUCUGAUCCAGAGUAUAUGAAGCUUACGGAUAGGACAUCUGCAUGUUUACCAUCCUUCCCAAAUGUAGAUUACCAAAGAAAUAGCAAUGGACAGUUGGAAAGACCAAAUUUACAGAUAAACAAAAACCAUGCUAUUUUACAAAGAAGUAUUUCAUUAGGAGGAACUUACCCAAAUGUUUCCUGUUUAUCCAGCCUUAAGCACAAUUGUUCUAAAGGGGGACCAUCUCAAUUACUCAUAAAGUUUGCAUCUGGAAAUGAAGGUAAAGUUGAUAAUUUACCAAGUGACAGCAGCAGACGUUUCACAAAUGAACUAUCUAAAUCUUCGAAGCAUUCUUGUAAGACAAGAGAUGAUUUUCUAGGUCAAGUGGAUGUUCCUCUUUACCCAUUACCGACAGAAAAUCCAAGAAUGGAGAGACCAUAUACAUUUAAGGAUUUUGUUCUUCACCCAAGAAGUCAUAAAUCAAGAGUUAAAGGUUAUCUGAGAUUAAAAAUGACUUAUUUACCUAAAACCAGUGGCUCAGAAGAAGAUAACGAAGAACAGGCUGAGGAAUUAGAGCCUGGCUGGGUUGUUUUGGACCAACCAGAUGCUGCUUGCCAUUUGCAGCAGCAACAAGAACCUUCUCCUCUACCUCCAGGCUGGGAAGAGAGACAAGAUAUUCUUGGAAGGACCUACUACGUAAACCAUGAAUCUAGAAGAACGCAGUGGAAAAGACCAACCCCUCAGGACAACCUAACAGAUGCUGAGAAUGGUAACAUUCAACUGCAAGCACAGCGUGCAUUUACCACCAGGCGGCAGAUAUCUGAGGAAACAGAAAGUGUUGACAACCGAGAGUCUUCCGAGAAUUGGGAAAUUAUAAGAGAAGAUGAAGGCAUCUUGUAUAGCGAUCGGGCCUUCUCAUCACCUCCACCAUCAAGCAACUCGGAUGUUCAGACUCACCUUGCAGAAGAAUUGAAUGCCUUACUUACUGUUAGUGGAAAUUCAGCCGCUGGCCAGCCAGUAUCCAGCUCAAAUCAUUCCAGCAGAAGAGGCAGCUUACAAGCCUACACUUUUGAGGAACAGCCUGCACUUCCUGUGCUUUUGCCUACUUCAUCUGGAUUACCACCAGGUUGGGAAGAAAAACAAGAUGAAAGAGGAAGAUCUUAUUAUGUAGAUCACAAUUCCAGAACCACUACGUGGACAAAGCCCACUGUACAGGCCACAGUGGAGACCAGUCCGCUGCCAGCAAGCCAGAGUUUUUCUGCAAGCCCUCAACCACAGGUCCCCACAAGUGAUUCGGCACAGCAGGUGACUCCGCCGGCUGAAAUGGAGCAAGGGUUCCUUCCCAAAGGCUGGGAAGUCCGGCAUGCACGAAACGGGAGGCCUUUCUUUAUUGACCACAACACCAAAACCACCACCUGGGAAGAUCCAAGACUGAAAAUUCCAGCUCAUCUGAGAGGAAAGACAUCACUAGAUUCUUCCAAUGACCUUGGACCUUUACCUCCAGGAUGGGAAGAAAGAACCCACACAGAUGGAAGAAUCUUCUACAUAAAUCACAAUAUAAAAAGAACACAAUGGGAAGAUCCUCGGUUGCAGAAUGUAGCAAUAACUGGACCAGCAGUGCCCUACUCCAGGGAUUACAAAAGAAAGUAUGAGUUCUUCCGAAGAAAGUUGAAGAAGCAGAAUGACAUUCCAAACAAGUUAGAAAUGAAACUUCGCCGAGCAACUGUUCUCGAGGACUCUUACAGGAGGAUUAUGGGUGUCAAGAGAGCGGACUUCCUCAAGGCUCGACUCUGGAUUGAGUUUGAUGGUGAAAAAGGAUUAGAUUACGGAGGAGUCGCCAGAGAGUGGUUCUUCCUGAUCUCGAAGGAAAUGUUUAACCCUUAUUACGGGUUGUUUGAAUAUUCUGCUACGGAUAAUUAUACCCUACAGAUAAAUCCAAAUUCUGGAUUGUGUAAUGAAGAUCACCUCUCCUACUUCAAGUUUAUUGGCCGGGUAGCUGGAAUGGCAGUUUAUCAUGGCAAACUAUUGGAUGGUUUUUUCAUCCGCCCAUUUUACAAGAUGAUGCUACACAAACCAAUAACACUUCAUGAUAUGGAAUCAGUGGAUAGUGAAUAUUACAAUUCACUAAGAUGGAUUCUUGAAAAUGAUCCAACAGAACUGGACCUCAGGUUUGUCAUAGAUGAAGAACUUUUUGGACAGACACAUCAGCAUGAGUUGAAAGUUGGUGGAUCAGAAAUAGUUGUCACCAAUAAGAACAAAAAGGAAUAUAUUUACCUUGUAAUACAAUGGCGAUUUGUGAAUCGAAUCCAGAAGCAAAUGGCUGCUUUUAAAGAGGGAUUUUUUGAACUAAUACCACAGGAUCUCAUCAAAAUUUUCGAUGAAAAUGAGCUCGAGCUUCUUAUGUGUGGGUUGGGAGAUGUCGAUGUGAACGACUGGAGAGAACACACCAAGUACAAAAAUGGCUACAGCGUCAAUCAUCAAGUCAUCCAGUGGUUUUGGAAGGCUGUUUUAAUGAUGGAUUCAGAAAAAAGAAUAAGAUUACUUCAGUUCGUCACUGGCACGUCUCGAGUGCCUAUGAAUGGAUUUGCCGAACUAUAUGGCUCAAAUGGACCACAGUCUUUUACAGUUGAACAGUGGGGUACCCCUGAAAAGCUGCCAAGAGCCCAUACGUGCUUUAAUCGACUGGACUUGCCACCCUAUGAAUCAUUUGAAGAAUUAUGGGAUAAACUUCAGGUGGCAAUUGAGAACACUCAGGGUUUUGAUGGAGUUGAUUAGAUUACAAGUCACAAUCUAGGGUGUUUUACUGCCACGUUUUUAUAAGCAACAUCUUGACUUAAAAUUUUCCGGGGAACUACUAAAACUUAGCCAUUGAUUCUUCCCAGAUAUUGGAGAAAAUCACAUAAAUGCUUUAGGAGAAAUAGUGUGACGACUUUACCAGUAUUUCAUCCCCUUUAAAAGAAUGUGUUGCAUUUACACAGUGGUUUCAUUCUAUCUUUAGAGUUCACACUCCAGGACCUAAGUCCUUUGUGCCUGAAAUAGUGAAUGUGUCCUUAACAUUUACCUCUUGUCCAGUAUUCACCAGGCAGUCCUUCCUUAAACUACUGAGAUGAUAACUGUGAAAUAUUUGUGAUAAGUGUCAUGUGUGAAGAGUUCGAUGCUUUUUGAGAAGGAAAACCCACAUUUGGAAAAGGAGACUUAAAUAUUGAGUGAACUACACUAUAUUUAGUGCUGCCUACAGUUAUUUAUUACUCUGUAGACCUGUCUAAUGCACCUUACUGCCCAGAUUUUUGGAACAACCUUGGAAAGUGUGUUACUAUAUUUUUAGUCAACUGACUCACUGGCAAUAACAAGAACAAAAAUUGUUUACUUCUUCAUUUUAAAAGUAUUUGGUUUUUGUUAAUAUGUGGUUUUGCUCAACAAAGUGGUGUAUAAGACGUGAAGCAAAUUCAGAUUUGCAGAGGGUGGAAAGUAUUAACACCCUCCUCUUGCCGCCAUAUCCUUAUGGUUCAUCGGAGUAGUCAUCACUCUCAUGUUGUAGUUUAGUUCAAAGAAUUCCUUCUUCCCACAGUGAGCUAAAGCUCCACAAAGCAGUAUUUCUAAGUAUGUCUCGAAGAGCUAAGUUCAAUGUAUAGUACUUGCCUUUACUAGACAUUCUUUACACUUGCACAAUUAUGUAGUAACUCUAUGUUUACAGGGUUUAUUAUGUUUACACAUGAAGCUAAUUCCUGUAGUUGCCCUUUUAUAUUUUUAGUAUGUCACUUUAGUCAUAAAACCAAAUAAUUUGUUAAAAAGUAACCAAAGAAUAGCUAUAAUACAUAAUUUGUAUUAAAUUUAUUACCACAUUUCUUAUGCUUUUUAAAAAAAUAUACUGUUUACUUUGAAAGUGAUGAUGUUUUGCUAUAACUCCCAAACUCUUUAGCAAAAUGUUACAGAUAGAAUCCUACUUGAAUCAAAUUCAAGUACCUGAAAACCACCUCCAUCCAACAAACGUGUAUUAAAUGUCUGCUGUGCACAUAGCACUGUGCGAGGCCCUGGGUGAGAGUCAUCAGCUCCCAAGAAAUCUAGCUCAGCCCUCAUCCACAGGGAACUUACCAGCGUGUGAAAGCGUUUUUAAACCAUCAGCGUAGGGGUGAGCAGAACAAGGCGAAAGGGAACGUGUCUCAGUGUGCCGGCCAGGUAGUGCGCCAAGACUGUGUUUCUAUUGGAAUGAUGCUAUAGAAAACGCUCUUGCGAAAAGUUAAACCUGUUUCUCAGUAUGGUAUCUUGGGGAUUUAGGAAUCAUUGUAAAUAUCAUAUAAGUGUUAUGAAUCCUCUUAAAUACGUAUAUGUACAUAUCCUCUGA